ACUUAAAAAGAAAAACCACAAACCCAAACUAAUAUAUCUCUUCUCCAUCGACACACCACAAACUCUUCUUCUUCUACUUCAAACCCUACGUCGCCAUUGACGAACACCAACUCCAAGCGCUUCGUCUUCCCAGUUUCUGCAAUUAAGCAUCACCGUUAUCAGUUACUCUUCUUAAUUUCCCACUCCCUAGAUUUAAAUGCCCACUUCAAUCUUAUUGUUAUCCUCUCAUCACAGGCACUAUAAAAUCAUGGUCAUCACCACCAAAAGUUUCUAACACCACCCAGAAAAACAGCCAUGGCAGCUUCACCUACCUCACUCACUGAGAAACCGCUCAGCAGAAAAACUUUCGAUGACCUUGAGGGUGUUUUUAGCGAAGAAGAAGUCUUAUUCAGAUUGAUCCAUUUCUGGGAGGCUCGCAAUCACACAAGAGGCAAUAGUCUCAUUGGUCUUGAGCUCCUAUUCAUCGACGAAAAGUCAACAACAAUCCAAGCCUUCAUACCUGCAAACAGAAUCUCUCGCUACGAGAAAUCACUCAAACCAAAUUCAGUGUACAAGAUGAAGAAGUUCAUCAUCAGUCCCUGCAAGAAACUUUUCAAAGUCUCUGCCCACAAAUACGGCAUCUGCUUCACCAAUAAAACAGAUUUGGACGAAGUUACCAAGGGAGAGCAUAAAAUUGCCUCUCAGAAAUUUAGGAUCCGCUCUUUCAAUGAUUUCGCAGCUAUUGUAGACAGAAACGGAGACCUAUUCGAUGUUAUUGGUCAAAUUCGUCUCAUAACUGGAGAUAAUUUAUCUGCUGCUACCUCAAAUGCUGAAGAACCUAAAGCUGCCAACGGGAAGUCUAAGGAUAAGGUCUUCAUGCACCUCCUCAUGAAAGACGGCGAAACUGUUCGCAUCUACCUCUGGGAUAACAUUGCUGCAAAGUUCCGCACACGGUGGAAUGCAAGCGAAACCAAACCAACUAUCCUACUGCUCACCACUGUCAACGCAAAAUUCCUCGGAGGUGCUGUCACGCUAAGUUCUACAUCUGCUUCUCGCCUCUUCUUUGACACAGACAUUGCUGAAACCACAUAGUUUAAUACAUGCCUCAGGUUAAGUGAACAAGACCCAACUUUUGGUAGCUCAUCUUCCGCAAUAACCAAAAUCGAAACACUUACUCUAAAUGAGCUUCACGAGUUUAUCAAAAACAAAACCCCACAGGAAAUCAGCUUUCAAUGUGUUGCCACCAUUGUCAACGUACUUGGAGAAUAUCACUGGAAUUACGUUUCAUGCACCUACUGCAAUACAAUGCUGGAAAAGUUGGAUACAACAAUGACUUGCACAACCUGUAAGAAACCUAACAAGGUUGGGGUGCUCAGGUAUCGUUUUGAAAUAUCAGUCUCUGAUGAGAACAACGGCCUUGCAACCUUUGUCAUUUUCGACCGUGAAGGCAUACACUUUGCUGGAAGAAGAGCUCCGGAAGUUUUUGCAAGUGAAUACCCUGAGGGUGAUGAUCCUGAUGAAUGUGAACUAAUUAGCAAGAAGACCCCACAGUGUAUCUUGGAUAUUGUUGGACGCACAUGCAAAUUCCAGGUCAAGCUGACACCAUACAAUUUCCGGGCAACUCGCCAAACUUUCACAGUCUCCCGUAUAAUCGAGGAUAAUAUUGACAUCCACUACAAGUCAAACCAAAAAGAGAUGGCAACAGAAGAACCCGAACAUGCCACUCAUAUUGCAUCUGGAAAAGCCAAAAACAAGGUGGACGACUUAGAUUUGGAGGAACACACUAAGAACAAGACAUACAAGCGUCUUCGCCACAACUACUAAAUCCACCACCAAAUCUCAUACAUGCAUUUGAAGAUCAAUCUCGCCAACUUCACCUACCCACUUAUCGUCUAAGAGUCAAGCUUUCCUUAUUAUUUCUGCGUCUUGCAUUCUGCGUUAUUUCAUAGUUCACUUAUCGUCUAAGAGUCUAGCUUUUCUUAUUAUUUCUGAGUCAUGCAUUCUGUGUUAUUUCAUAGUUUCCCUUCUCUUAUUUUCUUAAAUAAAUGAUGUUUCUCUACAACAACUUCUAAAUUAAAUAAAAUCUCAUUUCUCCUAAUUUCAA